AUGGCGGUUGGUCAAAUCCACCUUGUGCUCGUAUUGGCUGCGUCCGUGGUCGCCCCCGUGGUUUCGUCCCACAGCUCGGCCAGCGAGAGGAGUUCCAUCGAGAGCACGUACGAGCUUACCAAAUAUCUGGAGUACCAGCUCAAGGAAAUCAAAGAUGUCUAUUUGACAUACCUCGGCCCCCCAUUCAACGAUAAAGACUUUUCACCGCCGCGGCCGAACAGCACGGCUCUCUCCCUGCCCAGCGCCGCCACCCGCCUGGAGCUGUGGCACGACCUGGAGAACCAAGCCCGUCUGGCCCAGAACCAGAGGGCCUACUCCGUCCUGUUGGCGGCUGUGAGGGAGCUGGCGCGCUCCACCCUCUGCCCCUCCCUCAAGACCUCCCUGCUGCACUUCUGCACAGGCCUGGACGGCCUUUUGGGCUCCAUAUCGGCAUUGAUGACCACCCUGGGCUACGCCCUUCCUGAAAAGAAACCAGGUGAGCUUCAGAGGCGGGCGGGGGGAGAACGCCCGGCGCCGCUCAUCAGAGGCAGCUCGUACAGGUCCAGAACCAGGAAGAGGACAGAUAGAUGGAGCCGAGGGGAGAGGGAGGGUGGCCUCAACGUGGAUGUGAAGCGAGGGAAAGCGAGGAGGCGAUUGGAGGCGGCCGCAGCUGGAGGAAGGAGCGGCGGAUUGAGGGAGAAGGCGAGAGGCGAGAGGAGGCGAGGGAGGCGGGAAGAGCCGGACACCUGGAAGUGGGAAUGGAGCCCGGAAGAGGAGGAGCUAGUGGUAAGGACGAGGAGAUGGGGGAGGAGCUUGUUGAGCGUUGGCGAGGACGAAGAGGAGGAAGCGAGCAUCCCAGUUAGUGAGGGAUAUAGCUACAACCUCAAAUUCCUUCACACGGACGCCCUCAGGAAGGAGGAAGGCGGCAUCGCGGACGGCGGGAGGAGCUUCUUCGUGGACUUCUCUUCGUCGCAUCUUCAACGUCAGCCUCCUCGUUCCCUCUUUAGCCCCACGCCGCACCCGCCUCCAUCUACUCUCUCCCUUCUCUACCAGCUCGGGCCAGACGAGGACCACGGCCUCCUCCCCACGCCCCCCACGCUGUCUUUACAAGCCGGACCCUCGCUCAUCUCCUCCUCCUCCUCCUCCUCAUCGUCUUCUGUGAUCCUGUCCGUGCGGCCGGCCAUGAACGACUUCGCCAGGAAGGUGGAAGGCUUUUGGAUAUUGCGCGAGCUGCAGAGCUGGCUGUGGCGUUCGGCGAAAGACUUUAACCGCCUGAAGAGGAGAGCGAGAGGCUGAGAAGACGCAACACAACACAACAAACACGCAAUGUACAGUGUGAACCUUGACAGUAUUUGCACUCGGGAUGGGCAUUUGACUAUAUUUCCUCAACCGACCACGAAGGAAAUUAACAAUCAAUGAAUCGUUAUUUUCAACAUUUAUUUUUAAGGGGGUGGCAUGGUGAACGAGUGAUUUGCACAUCCGCUCGCAGUUGUGACAACCUCAAAAGUUGUCCCCUUCCUCUCACAUUCCAAAAGCAAUGCACGUUAGGUUCAUCGGACACCAGCUCUAGCUCACCUGUGAACCUAGUGAAGACAAACGCCAUAGAAAAUAGAUGGAUGGAAGUUUCGAUGCCCGUGUUUUAUUGCACAGGAUAAUGCUGCCUAAAGGACUUCUAGCGCAACAUGGAUGAAGCUGAUGCUUGUGUUUCUGCUUCUUCAGACUGCAAAGUAGUUGACGGUUCUUCAACAGUGCUGCUCAAGACUUAAAUCAACAAUCAGUUCCACACGAUCAACCAAAUUGAGUGCCCACGAAUAAUCAACGAAUACACCAUUCUGCCCAUCCCUAAUUUGCACAAAGCGUAAACUUUCACACACAAAAGCCCCCCCAAAAAAAAAACAUUCGCACAGAACAUGUAUGGAAAGCCAUUUGAGCUUUUAUUCAAUAUCCAACUUUAGUUUCAUGUACUAGUAAGGUCUUUGAGUUGUUCCACUAGUAUACACAAAAAGCAAACUAUAGUGCACGGACCUUAAGCCGGAGAUCAUGGAUAUUGAAUUUAUAAAUACUCAAACGGCUUUCUAUAAAUGCAUUGGUCCGUUUCAUACGGGAAUGGGAGAAUGAGGGUCAUUUGGCAGGUCACCACAGAGACUAACACACACACACACACACACACACGCACGCAUGCACACACACACGCACACACAAGGGUCAGCUGAGUGAUAGUGCAGCCACUGAGCAAAAACAGAUUCAGUGACACAACUCGUGUGAAUCAGCAAACAUUCAUCAGAAAUGUUAUGAAUGGAGAGUAGACAAAAGGAGUGUGGCGGAAGAGGAGGAGCAGGAAACGGCCAGAAGGGUGAACGAGUCACAGACGAAGAGGCAGAAGAGGAGUGGAGAAUGGGAUGAGUCAGGGAAUGAGUACAGGAAAGAAUGGGCAGACGGGGAGAGCAAUGCUGAGUAAGCACUAGUCAGCUGGUCAGUUACAGUAACUGUACAACAGCGCUACACACAAUAGCCGGACAGUGGUGACAGCACACACACUCACGCGCGCACACGCGGGGGAACCUCUGAGGUCGAGCACAAUCCAUUCUUGGAUGGUUUGAGAAUUUCGAAUCCGAUUUUGCAUCACAAAUAAUAGGAACUGAAGUGAUCCAUUCCAGCGCUAAACUGCCGCCAUUAUAGAAACGUUAUGAACAUGUCCUCGUGAAAUGUUAACCUUCUUAAGUUUCAUAAAAGUGUACAAAUGAGUAACAAUAAUAAAAAAGAUAAACAUGUUGUGAAGCUUAGCUUCCUUGACAAGUGGUAGACAGUGAAAAUAAGGCAGAGGGACAUUAAUACUUAUGCUGAUUCUCCUUUGUACGUUCCAUUCUUCUUCUUUUAUAUUGCCCUUGACUUAGCCACAUCGUACUGAGCAGCCAAAAGAGAGACGUUUGUACCUUUGUUCGACACUACGUUGCAAAACGUUCCGUUUGUUAUCGUACUUUUCUGCUUUGCCACUUCUGUGAUGGUAUUACAAACACAUGACAAAACAGCAGUGUUUAACUUCGGAGGUCCCACUGCACUUUUGUUUGUCUGAACAUACACCAUGCCGUCCUAUGCGUCUCUCAACCUUUUUCUCCGUGAGUUUACAUCAUAGUGAAAAAGGACAUUUUUUAUAGUAAAUUCUUUUCAUUUGGCUGUGUUCAGGGGAACAGCUCUGUGGAAUAAAAAAAAAUAAAAAAUAAAAUAGAAGACCAGUACAAAUAUGAAACCAUCCAUCAAAAGUGAUCUUGUGAGAAUUUAGAGAGGGGAUCGCAUAAAAGUGUCGAAAUGACUUUCCACGUUGACCAUUUUCUCACAAACCCCUGCAGUGACGCACUUACAAAAAAGGGUUCCUGAGUUCAAAGUUACAAACAAGUCCAACUGGCAAAUAUAACACGGUACUUUGCAAGAAAAAUUCUCUACUUACGUUAUAAUUAUUAUUUUUUUUAACAAUCAAAUCAAAUAAAUGACACAGACGGGAAUAUUGGAAACUCUGGAAAAAUGCAUUUGCUUGCAUUUUAAAUACAAAACAGUAGCAAAAGAGAUGGAAAAUACGCCUGGCAAAAUUAAACAGACCUAAAGUAAAAAUGCAAUUUUAGGACAGUUUUUUUUCCUUCAGAACAGUAUUGUCUUUAAAAAAAAAUAAAUAAAAAAAUUGGAUCACAUGUCAGAGUGUUGAAGU